AUGUCUGAAGAGGAUGAGAAAUCCAGAGAAAUUGUAACAUCAUAUGAUGAGAUAUUAGAAAUAACUGGAUUAUUAGCCAUGCGUGAAACUACACUGCCACGUGUAAAUGAAGAUAAAGAGAAUUCUGAUCCACACACUAGUGGCAGUGGUAGUAGUAAUGAUGAUGUUAUAAUGCCAGUGAUGAGUUCCAUUAAACUACAACCGGCCUCCAGUUUAUUGUCAAUCAAUGAAGAAGGUAAUAAUACAAAAUGCAGGACAAUUUCAAUUGCUAAAACAAAAAAUAAUGAUGUUGGAUUUGUCUUUGUCGAAAUAAAACAGGGAUUAUUUGUUUCUUGUGUGAAUGAACAAUCCUCUGCAAGCUUGAAUAGAGUACGUUUUGGUGAUAAAAUACAAUGCAUCAAUGGUAUUGAAGUUGUAUCGUAUACUCAGGCUAAACAACUUAUUGAAGAAACAUACCCUACUGUGGAUUUCUCAUUUAUUGACUGCCCUUAUAGAGAAGCUAAAACAGUAUAUAAAAUACGUGGCAGAUGUGGCCUAUUCAUCAAUGAUGGAAUGAUUUUAGAUCAUACAAAGUACUUUAGUCCUAAAAGUGAUAAAAUUCCACUGAAUUAUUAUAUUACUGAAAUUGAUGGUCAUAGUACUAUUGGUGUACUUGAUGAAAAAAUUGCUGAACUAAUUGAAGCAGUUAAUUCUCCAUUUAUUCUUCAUAUUGUACCUCAGUGGUUUUAUGAAUACCUUGUCUAUGGACUAGACCCUUCAGGUAAUGGAAUAAAAAAGAAAAGGAGAUAUUUGUCUUUCAGCUGUUUUCGUUAA